GCAGAUGGUACAAUGUGUUGUUUACACUAUAAGGAAAAGUUUAUACUAAAAGCAAUUAUUUUCUUUUAGAAGGACUGUGAAUAUGUCUGGCAUAGCUCUUAGCAGACUGGCACAGGAGAGAAAAGCCUGGAGAAAAGAUCAUCCGUUUGGAUUUGUAGCGGUACCCACGAAAAAUCCAGAUGGCACAAUGAAUCUAAUGAACUGGGAAUGUGCUAUUCCAGGAAAGAAAGGGACACCAUGGGAAGGAGGCUUAUUUAAAUUACGGAUGCUUUUCAAGGAUGACUACCCUUCUUCACCCCCAAAAUGUAAAUUUGAACCACCAUUAUUCCACCCAAACGUGUAUCCUUCAGGCACAGUGUGUCUUUCCAUCUUAGAGGAGGAUAAGGACUGGAGGCCAGCAAUCACAAUUAAACAGAUCUUGUUAGGAAUACAAGAACUUCUAAAUGAACCAAAUAUUCAAGACCCAGCUCAAGCAGAGGCUUACACAAUUUACUGCCAAAACAGAGUGGAAUAUGAAAAGAGGGUUCGAGCACAAGCCAAGAAGUUUGCACCAUCAUAAGCAUCUGUCAUGCAGCAUCAUAAAAAGGAAGGGAUUGGUUUGGCAAGAACUUGUUUACAAAACUUUUGCAAAAUCUAAUGUUGCUAUGUACAAUUAAUAUCCACUUAGGGGAGGGGGUUGUAUGUGUGCCAUUUUCCAUAUUCGCCACUUGUAUACAGUUCUAAAUUUGCUGAAUUGCCCCCAGUUUUUUCAUACAGGGUCUCUUCCUUCAGUCUUUUGUAUUUUUGAUUGUUAUGUAAAACUUGCUUUUAUUUUAAUAUUGAUGUCAGUAUUUCAACUGCUGUAAAAUUACAAACUUUUAUACUUCUAUAAAUUCACUAGUAUCUCUAGUUCCUUUGCUCUCUGAUGCAGGCAUGCUUUAAAAUGUUAGAACUAUAUUUAGCCUCUAGCUGGCUGUAUGGAAAAAAAAAAAACAAAAACCACCACAAAAACCAUGCCCUCCACCCCCUUCCCUCACUGAAUUUGGUUUUGUAUCUUUGAGAAACUAGGCCGUUACUGCUUAAGAGCCUCCGAGAUCCAAAGUCAGCCAGCAUCCUUAUUCUGCAUCACUUCCUCUGUGUUUAUAUGGCAUUCUGUCUGUGUUGCUGUUUAGAAUAAAUAAACUGUUUAUAUAAA